GGAAACGUCUGCUCACAGUGUGGGAAGAGCUUCAGGUUCCCGAGUUUUCUCAAAAUACACCAGCGCAUUCACACUGGAGAAAAACCGUAUCAAUGCUCACAAUGUGGGAAGAGCUUCAGUACCCGGGGUGCUCUCAAAAUACACCAGCGCAUUCACACUGGAGAGAAAUUGUAUCAGUGCUCACAGUGUGGGAAGAGCUUCAAGUUUCAGAGUGCUUUCAAAAUACACCAACGCAUUCACACAGGAGAGAAACCUUAUUCCUGCUUACAGUGUGGGAAGAGUUUUAAUCAACAGAGUGCUCUCAAAACACACCAGCACAUUCACACUGGAGUGAAACCAUAUCAGUGCUCACAGUGUGGGAAGAGCUUUAGGUGUCUGGGUGCUCUUAAAAUACACCAGCGCAUUCACACGGGAGAGAAACCGUAUCAGUGCUCACAGUGUGGAAAGAGUUUUAAUACACAGAGUUAUCUCAAAACACACCAGCACAUUCACAGAGGAGAGAAACCGUAUCAGUGUUCACAGUGUGGAAAAAGUUUUAAUCGACAGAGUCAUCUCAAAAAACACCAGCGCAUUCACACUGGAGAGAAACCGUAUCAGUGCUCACAGUGUGGGACGAGUUUUAAUACACAGAGUAAUCUCAAAACACACCAGCGCAUUCACAGAGGAGAGAAACCAUAUCAGUGCUCACAGUGUGGAAAAAGUUUUUAUCAACAGAGUCAUCUCAAAAAACACCAGCGCAUUCACACUGGAGAGAAACCGUAUCAGUGCUCAAAGUGUGAGAAGAGUUUUAACAGACAGGACUCUCUCAAAAAACACCAGCGCAUUCACACUGGAGAGAAACCCUAUCAGUGCUCACAUUGUGGGAAGAGUUUUAUUACACAGAUUAAUCUCAAAAAUCACCAGCGCAUUCACAGUGGAGAGAAACCAUAUCGGUGCUCACAGUGUGGAAAGAGUUUUAAUCAACACAGUAAUCUCAAAGUACACCAGCGCAUUCACACUGGAGAGAAACCGUAUCAGUGCUCACAGUGUGGGAAGAGUUUUAUUACACAGAGUAAUCUAAAAAAACACCAGCGCAUUCACACUGGAGAGAAACCAUAUCAGCGCUCACAGUGUGGAAAGAGUUUUAAUAUACAGAGUAAUCUCUACACCAACCAGCACAUUCACACUGGAGAGAAACUGUAUCAGUGAUCUCAGUCUGGAUCUCAGAGUUUUAAUCAACAUUGUCAUCUCAAAUUACACCAGCGCAUUCACACUGGAGAGAAAUUGUAUCUGGACUCUGUAAACACUGUAAUGCACAGGAAUCAAACUCAGAUGAUCAGAUUGUAAAAGGUCUAAGAAAGAAAGAACAGAGUUAGAGAAGCAUGUUGGAGAACUAAACAUGACAUUAGAGGAACUGCUUGGAAGAACGUCUAAAGGACAACAGUCUGCUGUUCAACUCCAGCUGCUGCUGUUCAACUCCAAACAUGCCAUUAUUUCAAUUAGCCAAACUUAAUGACCCUUCU